CUCUCUAGCUCACUCGCACCCACUUCCAUGGAGAGGCCAGAGAUGGAGGCAAAGACGGAGGACGAAACAAGAAGAAGGAGACCAAGAGGCGUGAGGCCCAACAAGCAACUCAUGGUGGGCCGAGCCGCACGGCCCACGUUGCCAUCGCCGGCGGUGACGAGGCCUCUGGGGAGCGAGGUGAAGCUGGAGGCGGUGGCCGUUGAUCUAAAUGUACGGCUGAGAUCGGCGGACAUGCCGGCGGUGAUGCAGGUGCGUGCCUUCCGUUGCACCAGAUCACUCCUCAACGCGAAUCCCGAGGAGAAGAAGAAGCCCAAUCCCACCCACCUGGCCAUGUCCCUCAAGAAAGAAUUUGACGCACUGUACGGUCCGGCAUGGCACUGCAUUGUAGGGAAGAGCUUCGGAUCGUUUGUGACUCACUCAAGCGGAGGGUUUGUGUAUUACUCGGUGGAGAAGCUCAGUUUUCUUCUGUUCAAGACUCAAGUUCGGCCGGUGAAGACUCGUCAAAUUCGUUACGUUUGAAUGCGACUAGCAACCAGCGUUUGGAUGACUUUCAAAUUGGUGCAUACUUUGUUUAAUACGACCACGUGUAUAUGAUAGUCGCAGAAGACUACUUGAAGGACUUGAGAAUUUUGUUUCUUAGGCACCAGGAGAUUUAAGAUUAAUCGCAAACUUGCUGUUAAUGUUGUCGUUUUUGCUUUGACAAUAUUUUUUUUUGUAUUUGUAUAUUUAGUUUUGAGUUAAUUUCAGAAGUAGUCCUGAGAUUUACCUAAUCUCA